AUGAAAACAAUAAAGGUAUUGAGUAUAAUAAUCUUGUUUGAAGUAUUGGUGUCUUGUUAAUACAUUUCAUUAGGAGAUUAAUGUAAAUGCCAAGAUCUUUCAACGGAAUUGGAUUGUAAUUUAAGAGGAAUGUGUAGAUGGAAUUCAGUGUAAAUGAAUUGUUUUGAGUCUAAUACAUAUAAAUCUACAAUAGUUUCAACAAGUGCGAACAAGAAAAUAGAAAUAAAAUCAAGUUCAAUAUAUUGUGAUCAUUUUAAUCAAAUAGAAUGUCCAAAUUAAAUAGGAUGUGCAUGGGUUGAUAAUAUGUGUAUUAUGUUCACAGGAUGUAGUUCAUAUGUGAAAAAUACAGAUGAGGAUUGUAGAAAGAUUUCAUAAACCUGUUUUUCGGAUGGGAUAAGAUGUGUUGAAUUAGAUGAAUGCAAUACAUAUACAUAUUAAAAAUCAUGUGUUAUAAGUAAGAAAGGUAAAUAUUGUAUAUGGAAUACUUAAAAUAGAGGAUGUGAAUAAGUAAAGAAUUGUAGUGAUCUUCCAAAAGAAUUGAUAAGUGAUAAAGAGUGUAGAACAUAACUUCAAUUUUGUAAUAUAUAAAUUUGAUAAUUACUUAGGUACAACUAAAUUAGGUGGAGGAUGUAUUGAAUCAAGAAGUUGUUCUGAAGCAUAAAGUGCUGUAUCUUGUGUGAGUGAUAGAUAAUAAAGUAUUGAUUGUUUUUGGGCUGAAGGAAAGUGUAGAGAUAAAACAUGUGAAAAUGCAUUGAUAUCUUUUAAGACAGAUCAAUAAUGUAAAGAAUUCUUACCACAUUGUACAACUAAACCAAAUGGAGGUUGUACAUUAAGAUUAAGUUGUCAUGAUGCAUAAAUAGAAGAUGCUUGUAUUAAAGAUUCUAGUGGUAAUGAUUGCUUCUGGACUGGAAGUUAAUGUAAAGAAAAAUUAUGUGAAAAUGCUCCAUCUUCUUAUACUACUAAUUAAUAAUGUUAAACUAUAUCUAUUAAUUGUAUAUCUAAUGGAUAAGGAUGUACAAUUAAUCAUGGAUGUUCAUCAGCUUUAAAAGAAGAAUUUUGUUAUCAAGAUGAUUAAGGAAAUCCUUGUUUUUGGAAUGGAAUCUUUUGUGUCUAAAAAAAAUGUGAAGAUUAAAAUCUAUAAGGAGAUUAAUUAUGUUCUGAUUUUAUGAGUACAUGUAUUGCUAAACCUGAUGAAUAAAUUGGAUGUAUUACUAAAACAUGUGAAACUGCAUCUAUUCACAUUAAUACUAAUCAAUUAUGUGAAAAUUAUUUACCUAAUUCUAAUUGUAUUACAAAAAAAUCAGGUGGUUGUAAAAUUAAUACUUAUUGUAAUUCUAUUGAUUUAGAAGAAGCAUGUAUUCAAGAUUCUCAAGGAAAUAAAUGUUAUUGGAAUUAAGUUGAUUAAAAAUGUUUAUAAAUUACUACAUGUUCACUAAUUAAUAAUUAAUCUAAAUGUAUAACUGAUUAAUUUGGAAUACCAUGUUAAUGGGUUGAUUAAUUUAUCAAUAAUCUUAAAGAAUAAUGUGUAACUAAAUCAUGUUCAUCAGCCCCACUUUAUAUGAAAUCUGAAAAAGAAUGUAAUGAAUAUUACAAAUCAGAUAGUGUUCAAUGCACUUUAAAAAAAGGUGGAGGUUGUAGAUAAAAAACUCUUUGUGAAAAUGUAGAUUUAAUUGAUGCUUGUACCACAGAUAAAGAUGGUAAUAAUUGUGUUUGGGAUCAAAAGACAUCCUAAUGUAGAUAGGAAAAUUGUUCAGAUUUUACAGAAUUGUCAUAUUUUGGAUGCUCUUCUAAAAAGGCUAAUUGUACUAUUGGUUAAAAUGGUAAAUGUGUUGAAUUACAAGAAUGUUCAUCAUAUUUUAAUAAAAUAUCAUGCGUAAGAGGAACUGAUGGAAUAUGUUUAUGGAUAGAAGACUAUAAAGAUGGGAAGGGAGCAUGUUUCUAAUUUGAUUCUUGUUAAAGUCUCAAAUGGAAAACUGAUGCUGAAUGUAAAUUAGCAUCAAAUAGUUGUACUACGGAUGGAUAAUAAUGUGUUCCUAUUACUGAAUGUAGAAGUACAAAUGUAAAUGGAGGGUGUGUCACAGGUACUGAUGGAGAAUGUAUACAAUCUGUCGCUUAAUUGAAUUCCAAUUAACCUAAGACAUGUUCUAAAUUCAUAAACUGUAGUACUGCAUAUUAUUUAACACAUGAAGAAUGUUAGGAAGCUCAUCCAUUUUGUACAACAAAUGGUGAAACAGGAUGUAGAGAUAUAACAUCUUGUGGAUAUUACUAAGUUAAAGAGUCUUGUAAUAUUAAUAAUUAAGGUUAAUUCAAAGAUGAAAACGGUUCUAUAAUUUCAACUGGUAAAUGUACAUGGGAUGAAUAAGAUUAAAAUUGUAGAGAUUAGAUAUGUUCAGAUCUUAUAUUUAAGUCAGAAGAAGAAUGUUCAGAAAUAUUAACAAAUUGCACUUCAGAUGGAUAAAGAUGUGUAGAAAAACAGAGUUGUUAAUUGUACAUGGAUGAAAGCAUUUGUAAUUCAAGGAAAGGAACUGAUGGACCUUGUUAUUGGAAUGAGGGCAAAUGUCGUAUAAAAAAAUGUUAAGAAAUAGUAUUAACAGUUAACAAAAAUGAAUGCAAUUAAGUAAAAGAUUGUAUAUCAGAUGGAGAUAAAUGUAUAGUAAAAGAGAAAUGUGAAAAAUAUGUUACAAAGGCAAGUUGUAAUAAUUCAGGAUUGGAUGGUAUUUGUAUUUGGAAUGACAAUUUAAGAAUAUGUUCACUUAUGAAGAAUUCUUGUAAUGAAGCAAAUAAUGAUGAAAUAGCUUGCAAAUAAGCAAAUGAUAGAUGUCUAUGGGAUUCCUUAAAUUCUUAGAAUCAAUGUUCUGAACAUACUUGCAUGUCUUAUUUCCUUUAGAUGGGUUAAUGUUAGUAUUUCAAAACUUGGCAUAAUGAUAAAUAUCAUAUUUGCAAAAUGAUUUAAGGUAAAUGUUCUUAAAUGGAUGCAACAACUUUAACUGCUGAAGAAUGUUAUAGUUAUUCAUUAUAUACAUAUUCUUGGAAUCCUCUAAGCAAUAGAUGCAUGUAGUGUUCAAGAAUAUUAGAUAAUGGAUCAAAUAAUACCAAUUUGACAAAUACAAAUUAAACCAUAUAUUAAUAUGUUUUAGGAACCAUAACAGGAUUCUUUGCAUUUGUAGCAGUUUUAUGAAAAGUUAUGACUUAUAAUAAUAAUGCAAA